CUGUCACGAUCGGGGCUAUCUGGUGACCCAGGACGAGCUGGAUCAGACGCUGGAGGAGUUCAAGGCGCAGUUCGGUGACAAACCCAGCGAGGGGCGGCCCCGCCGCACCGACCUGACGGUGUUGGUGGCUCACAACGACGAUCCCACCGACCAGAUGUUCGUCUUCUUCCCGGAGGAGCCCAAGGUUGGAAUAAAGACGAUCAAGAUGUACUGCCAGAGAAUGCAGGAGGAGAACAUCACCAGAGCGCUGAUUGUGGUGCAGCAAGGCAUGACCCCCUCGGCAAAGCAGUCCCUGGUAGAUAUGGCUCCCAAAUACAUCCUGGAGCAGUUCCUGCAGCAGGAGCUUCUGAUCAACAUCACAGAGCACGAGUUGGUCCCAGAGCACGUCGUGAUGACAAAGGAAGAAGUAACCGAGCUACUGGCCAGAUAUAAGCUGAGAGAGAACCAGCUCCCGAGGAUACAGGCCGGGGAUCCCGUGGCACGGUACUUCGGAAUAAAGCGUGGUCAGGUCGUGAAGAUCAUAAGGCCGAGUGAGACUGCGGGCCGCUACAUCACCUACAGGCUGGUGCAGUGACCAGAGCGAUCGG